CUCAAGCAAAAAAUCUGUUUCUACACAAAGUGACACACAGUCCCAGACGAAAUUCCAACUUAGCAUAACUUCACCUAUCAGGAUAGAUCUUGCUGAGGCUCAACAUCAGACCCCUCCCAGCCAUUCCUCAGGCCUGGCUGAGAGUCAACCUGCUACUGCUCCUGGCCUUGCUAGCCCAAUAAUGAAGAUGGAACCAAAAGAAGCUUCUGAGGAAGAUGGUUUCCACAAAGGUCCCAAAAGAGUGAAGGUGUUGAGCACAACAAAAUCAUUUAUUUAUGAUCAGACAGAAGAGAAAAUGAUGUUCCAUGCCACAGUGGCUACUGAGACCGAAUUCUUCAGAGUGAUGGUGUUCGAUGUAACACUUCAAGAGAUGUUCGCCAAGAAGAAUCCCAUUGUUCUCACAGAUUAUUUCUGCAGCAAUGGAACUCUGAUGAUACACAAAGCCUCCAGUGUGUCUGUAGCGACUGAUACCUCAAAAAUGAGUAUCUCAGACACAUUGAAGAAAAACACCAAAGCAAAUCCUAAAAUUCAUGAUCUUCACUUGCAAACAAGAGAAGUACUUGUGUAUGGAGAUUUUAAAAUAUGUAGGAACACUAAACAAAUCAUUGGCCACAUAUUUGAUAACAUAGAUAAAAUGGGCCAACUCCUUGAAAAACAGAAACUACUAAAACUCACAGAAAGAGAAACAGAUUUACUAAAUAAUCUUAUUAAAGAACUGAAUCAACAAUUAUUAACUAUCUUAAAGAAGAUGGCAGAAAGGUAACGGAAAUAAUUGUAUACGCUAUGUAAUUCAGGAUAACACAGGUGAAAUGAAAAUGGUGGUAUCUGGACACCUGACCAGUGUCAACUGCAAGAUUGGUGACAUAGUUAGACUUGUUGGCUUUGAAUUGACCUCAGAUGUGGGUGAUUGGUUUCUGAGAGCUGUGAGGUACAGUAACAUGGAGGUAUGUACUCUAGGGCAACAGUAUUCUUCCUAACAAUACUUUUAUUUAAUACUCUACCAAAACUUGG